AUGAAUUUUGAAUUUGAGAGGGAGAUCGGGUUUAUAAAUAGCCAGCCUUCGCUCGCAGAGUGCCUGACGUCUCUCCCCGCUGUCCUGGAGACAUUUCAAACUUCAUCAAUCAAGGACUCGACAUUAAUUCCUCCUCCUUUUGAGCAAGCCGUCCUCAGCCUGAAUCCUUGUUCCAGCAGCCAGGCGAGACCGAGGAGCCAAAAAAGAGCAUCUCAUGGCCUGCUCCAACCCCAGCCCCCGGCUCCGGCACAGCCCGGCCCCCUGGCAGCGGAAUUCCCUUGGAUGAAGGAGAAGAAAUCGGCCAAGAAAACCACCCAGGCUCCAUCCUCUUCUUCCUCUUCUUCCCCCCCGUCAUCUUCCUCGCUGCCGGUCCCUGCCGCAGGAUCUCCCGCAGACACGCAGGGGCUCGGAGACGGCGGCGGCUCCAGGAGGCUCCGCACCGCCUACACCAACACGCAGCUGCUGGAGCUGGAGAAGGAGUUCCACUUCAACAAAUACCUCUGCAGGCCCCGGCGGGUGGAGAUCGCGGCUCUGCUCGACCUCACCGAGCGCCAGGUGAAGGUGUGGUUCCAGAACCGGCGGAUGAAGCACAAGAGGCAGACCCAGCACAAAGAACCCCCCGACGGGGACCUCGCCUACCCCGGCCUGGACGAGGGCAGCGACCCCGCCGAGGAGGCGGAGGGGAGCCCCGGCUUGGGGCCGCUCCCGGAGCCCCGGGGGCCCCCCGGCAGCUCGGAGCCGGUGGCCGCGGGCGAGCCCAGCGCCCGCCCCGGGAGCCGCGAGUCGCCUCCGCUGCCCGAGCUGAGCAUCUUCUCGGCGGAGUCGUGCCUGCAGCUCGCCCAGGGGCUUUCCCCGACUCCCCACGGCUCCCUGGAGAGCCCCGUCCACUUCUCCGAGGAAGACCUGGACUUUUUUACGAGCGCACUUUGUACCAUAGAUCUGCAACAUUUAAAUUUCCAAUAG